UAUGGUCCCUUAUGUCAGCUCACAACUCUCAAUGGAUCAGAUGUCGCUUACUGAAGUGGAGGAGGACAAAUGUGUGAAAGCUACCCAGAACUCACAACUCUCCACAGAACAGGCCACAACAGCAAGCCAGUCAUCACAAUAUUCUUCAUGGAGUGAGGAAAACCAAAACACACUUGGGGUUGUUAAUUCAGCGUUAUCAUCGUUGUCAAAUGGGGAAAUAAGUCCAAUUAAGUUCCAACUUCAAAGUCAGGUCAGUGAGCUGGGAAAAAGUUCAAAGAGGUAUUUUAAAAGAAAGGCAACAGAGACUGUUGAAACAGUCUUAAAUGCAAUUGCCCCUGGACAAGCAAAUGACCUCCUUAAUUUGGUUACUCCUACUAGUUCAUUGCUUAUCACUGAUCAAUUGGACAAAGUUAAUUCGGAACUUUUAAACACUAUUAUCAAACUUUAUCAGGAGACCGAAAACAACACUGUAAAAUGCCAACUUUUAUCCCUUGUGUCAAGAUCCAUGUCAAAAUCUGAGCUUAUAAGGUGUAUUCCUGGAUUGACAUAUUAUAAGAUUGACCAGGCAAGGCUACAUUCUACCUUAUAUGGACCUGGAAAAAUGCAGAAGAAACUGACAAAACAGAAAAGACAAAGAAUGGAUCCUGCUAAACUAGAGCAUGCACUUAAUUUCUUUUGGAAUCCAACACUACACCAGGUUGUUUCAUAUGGAACAAGGAAUGUCAAACUAGAGUCUGGUGAAACUAUCACAAUUCCUGAUGUUGUUCGGACAGCAUGCCACUCCGCUAUAAUUAAAAUGUAUACCACAUACUGUGUUGAAACAGGCUUUGAACCACUUUCAAAUGCUACACUUUAUAAAAUUUUGAAUGCAUGUGCUGCAUCAAAACGCAAAAGUUUGAAGGGGCUGGACAACAUUACAGCAGAUGGCCAUGAUGCCAUUGACAGUAUAAUCCAUUUGGUUGAACAGCUGGAAUUAAAAGGACAGAUUACAAAGGAGAUGACAAAAAACUUUAUUUCAAAACUAACUGCCAGCAAAGUGUAUCUGAAAACUGAUUUUAAAGUGCAUGUAACCCAAUCGUCCAGUUGUGCUGACCACUGUAUUGCAUAUGCCUUAAGUGAUCCUUUGGAUGCUUCAUUCAAAAACACAUGCAACCAUCAGCACCAAUUGGAAUGUGACCGUUGUCAACUUUUCAAAGAAGUUACAACUGAUCUUAGACAGUACAUCAAUACAGUCUUUGAAUCUAUUUGUGAGGAAGCAACUGAAUUAAUUACAGAACUGGAUGUACAUGUAGCAUCAGUUGAAGCCUGGAAAGCUCACAUAGUCCGAAUAGUCAACCAGGAUUUGUGCAGAACUGAUAUGCUAGAACAUCUAGAACAAAAUCAAACUCUUUUGAUCCUAGAUUGGGCCAUGAAAUUUCUCCCCCUACAUUUUUGUGAAAAACAAAGUGACUGGUUUGCCCAGAAAGGAAUCAAUUGGCAUGUGACAGUGAGUGUUUUCAAGGAUGACAAUGGAGAUUUAAAGCAUAAAUCCUACACCCAUAUUUGUGAUGGAACAAAGCAGGACUGGUUUUCUGUAUGCUCGGUGUUGGAGAAUGUGUUGACAACAUUGAAGAAGGAGCGUUCAUGUUUAACUGAGGCCUUCUUAAGAAGUGACAAUGCUGGAUGUUAUCACUGUGGACAUAUGUGGUUAGCACUCAAUGGUGUUAGCAGAAGAACAGGUGUGAAAAUCAGAAGAUUUGAUUAUAGUGAAGCCCAAACAGGAAAAUCCUACUGUGAUUGUAAGAUUGCACAUAUGAGAGCAAAGAUCAAAGUCUAUGCAGCAUCAGGACACAAUGUGACAUCAGCUUCAGAUAUGAAGGAAGCAAUUGACUCUGGAUCAGGUGUAGUAGGAUGUCAGGCAGCUGUAGCCUCUGUAGAUACAAGGAACCAAACCCUUACUGCCCACAAGAUCAAAGGUGUGACAAGUUUCAACAAUAUCUGUUUUGAAGAUGACAGCAUCAGAUUUUUUAGAUAUUAUAGAAUUGGCGAGGGAAAUGCAGUGCCAUUAACUACUUUCCAAAACAUGGGAAAUUGUCAACAGGCCACCACAAGUAUCCGGAUAGAGGAAGAUUUCAAAAUACCUCAAAAUUCCAUGGGUAAAAUUACACAACCUCAAACAUCUGUACCACCUAGUACAAGCCCUUUAGUUAGUGAUACAUCUGAAUGUGCAGCUGAACCAGAGAACAGUAAUGUGUUUUUUUGUACUGAGCCAGGAUGUGAGAAAAUGUUUCAGACAACCAAUGGUUUAGACAAUCACCUAUUUACAGGGAAACAUGUAUACAGUCUGCAAAAAAAGUCUACUUAUGAUGAAAUCAGAUUGAAGUGGGUUGAAAAAUGCAAUUCCCUUUUGAAAGAUACAUUACCAGCAAAGCCAGAUGAUGAUGAACUAAAAUUAAGCCUAUGUCAGACAAAUGAAACUAUAGCAACUGUUUCAAUUGGAUGGGCAAUGAAGAAGAACAGGAAGGUUGCUAGAUAUUCUGAGGCGAUCAAAAAGUACCUAACAGAUAUAUAUGAGGAAGGGGAACAAACCAACAUCAAGUCAAAUGCUAUAGAUGUAUCCAGAAAAAUGAAAUCCAUUAGGGAUUCCAAUGGCCACUUGUUAUUCAAGGCAACAGAGCGCCUACAACCUUCGCAAAUUGCUGCAUAUUUCUCUAGGUUAACAGUACUUUCCCGAAAAAGAGGACAGGGAAAAGGCGAAAACAUUGAGAUAGAUGAUACCCAGCUGGAUGCAGUUUUACAGGCAUUAGAGGAGAAAGAGUUGAGAGACGAGAUAGAGCACAUGUAAUUCAUUAAUACAAACAUGUGAGAUGUAAGUUACACGACAUGACAUAUGCUACCUGGUGUGAGAUUAUGAGAUGUUAGUAAUUUACAUCA